CAGCGGCAGCUUUUUUCCAUAUUGAUUAGUUAUGUCGCUUUUGUUGUUUACUCGCCACAUUUUUUUUGCCCAGGCCAGUUAAUUGCGUUAAUUCCCGGCGCGCGCGGGAAAAGAGGCGAACCGAACCGAGCCCGGAACCUCCGCAGGACUGUCCCAGCCGAGCCCAGCAGUAACCAGAAACCGGACCCCAAAGGCGAGACGCGAGCGAGCGCACAAAUCCCCCGAUGUCCGCGGGUGUGGGUGGCGGAGGGAGCAUUACCACCGAGCACCACAGUCGCCUCUACUUCCUCAACUCGCCGACGGCCCCGCUCACCGCCCGCGACCCGUUCUUCAUCAAGCCGGAGUAUCUCAGCUAUGAGAGCCCCAUGCACCAUGCCCUCUAUCCGGGCAACCGGGGCCUCCUAGAGUACAACAACUACACCAGUUCGGCGGCCGCGGCGGCAGCCGUUGCCUCGUCCGUAGCCACCUCCGUCUCCGUGUCCGUUUCCGGCUCGGGAGCGGGCUCCGCAUCGGGAUCGGGUUCCGGAGCCGCAGCCAGUGCCUCAGCCAGCGCAGCGACUGGAGCAGCAGCGGUCCUGAGCCUGGAGAACAGCUUCACCCAGCCAGGCAACCCCCACCAGCAACAGCAGCCGCAGCAGCAGCAACAGCAGGGGAAUCCCCACCAGGACGUGCUCCAGCAACAGCAGCAGCAUCCCCUGCAUCACCAUUUGUCCGCAGGCGUUGUGGUCGAGGGCGGCCAACUUGGUGGCAUACCAGGCCUUGCCAAUCUUGGCGUGCCGCACCUUAGUGCCCAGCAAUCCGCCACACAGCAGCAGGGCCAAUCCUCGCGAGCGCAGAAGGCCGCCCGCCGGAGGAGCAACGAGUCGAUCGAGGCCAGGGAAAGGCGGCUGGAGAGGAACGCCGCCCGGAUGCGGGACAAGCGGGCCAAGGAGUCGGAGGCCGAGUAUCGGGUGCGUCUGGCCAAGAAUGCGGAGGCGAACCGCGUGCGCCGCCAGAACGAAACGGAAGUACAAAGAACCCUAAGACUGAUGAAGAAUGCGGCGCGGCAGCGACUGCGCCGCGCCUCGGAGACCGUCGAGGAGCGCAAGAAGCGGCUGGCGAAGGCCGCCGAGCGGAUGCGGGUGGCCCGGGCCAGCGCGCCCAAGGUCAUCAAGCCGCCGCUGGCCGACAGGCUCAAGGGUUACUAGGAGAGGCCGUCUAUCGUCAAUGAAUCCCGGAGCUAUUUCGGAGCUGUUUUGGAGCUGGCUCUCCCCGCAAAGCAGGUGGCAAGGGCGGAGCACCUGCUGCUGCUGAAAAAGCUGGCCAGGAUCGGCAGGGGAACACGCAUCAAUAGAGGAACCACGAAUAAUAUAUAUUGUAUACAGCCUAUAACAGAAACCCCAGUCAGAAACAUGAACGGAGACGGAGACGGAGACCGGGAGGCCCUCGCGGAUGAGCGGAUGCAAUUGAAUGGGCAGCAGGCACUCUAGGAUUAAAGCCAGGCAAUUUUUUUUUAAGUUAACAAUUAACGAUUCCCCAUUAGCAAGAUGGGGAACCGUAAAGUAAUCAUAAAGUAAAGUAUUUUUAUAAUGCAUGCAUUAUAUUCGUACGGUAUGUAUGUAUACACACGACACGAGAGACACAAACACACGCACCAGCAUAGUCAUAGCACACAUAUGUAUAUGUAGAGCCCCAAAAAGGCAGUAAUGCCACCCCCGCCCACCCACUCCCCCCGGAAGAGGAAGCUUACAGCGGCGCCAGGGUGCCUCACUGUAAAUAGAAAUAGAAACCGCAGCGGACCGGGGACACGACCUCUCGGCCGCAAGCCAAAGCUGAAAAAUCCGAUUCGCAGACGGACGAGGCAACAAGUGCCUUUCCAGCAAAUCCUCGCGCGACACUGGCUUUGAUGUCAAAUACAAAUUGUUUUUCCUUCGAGGACAACUGAGGCACCCUGGCGGCAAACAACCCCCACAUGUGAGUGUAGUUGGUCCUUCACCAUGUAACCCAAAGCGGACAACGCCACUCACAUAGGGAUAUACACCCGCGGCAGCCCCUCAUAUAUAAGCGUAUAUAUCUGGAGCAUACACACAUGAUCCGUUGCCAGGCACAUAACGAAGUGUUUGUUGUAGCACGCAAUCCCUCCUCCUGCCACCACCCACUUUCGCCAGUCCCUAUCCUUGUCCUUAUCCCCGCCCCUCGCGCGCCCAAGUCCUGGGCCGGAUUGAAGACACUUCCGCUAGGGGCCCACAUGGUAUAUACACACAUAUACUGACGCGUAUAUAGUAUGCUAAUUAUAAUUGAUAAAGAGUAACCUUUAAGUUCUAGUCGAAAUUUCAAACUGUUUUUUUCCUGUCUAAACACGUUUACCCAUUGUUUUCGCCUUAAGACUUAGGAUUGAAAUACAUUUUUGUGUAUUGUAACAUUCAUGUACACUAAUAAUAACAAUACACGGAAACAACAACAAAAACACACGACGGCGCCAAGGAGAAAACAAAAGCAAAUACAAGAAACAUAACAAGUGAAAAAACGAGGAUAACAAAAUGAAUAUACUUGAAUAAAGUUGCAUUCACAAUUUUUAAA